ACCAAAGGAAUCAGGUAGUGGCUGGCAUUUGAACACUUUGCAGUUCCCUCCGUGACUUGUUUACAACCACCCCUGGGUAAGGAUAGAGUCAAGAGCAGAGCUAUGUUCACAGUGGGCACUGCUCUGCGAAAUCUGGAGCCUGAAUGUGAGAAUAAUUACUUAGUGAGUUCUCUCUACGUAAAGAAUUGGCUUUUCUCUGGCUUGCAAACGCUUUCCUUUCCAUGCUUUGCACGGAGAGUGGAAAAUCAGUAAAACAAAAAAAUGAGGCGUGGGAGUGUAGAACGAAUGAAUGUCUUUUUACCACCCAGGAAAAUCUGCACCCCUAAGCAAAGUGGGAGACUUACUUGUCUAUGGAUUACAGAGGCAGUGACAAUCCUGGCGAAAGAAUCCUGCCUCGGCAACGUUAAAUGCCCAGGGUUACACGAGCGCACGCGAACGUUUGCCCUUGUGUGUUGUCCACAGGCAUCCGACAUGCUGAGGGCCGCCCUGCUGUGCGCGGUGCUCGCGCUCCUGCGCGCGCAGCUAGUCCCCUUCCCCUGCCCGCCCGCCUGCAGCUGCUUCGUCCGGGACGCGGCGCAGUGCUCGGGGGGCGACGUGGAGGGCAUCGCCGCGCUCGGCCUGCCCACCAACCUCACGGUCAUCAUGCUGUACCGCAUGGACCGCGGCACCCUGCGGAGUGACAGCUUCCGCGGCAUGACGGUCCUGCAGCGCCUCUUACUGGGCGACAGCCACAUUUCCGCCGUCGCCCCCGGCGCCUUCAACGACCUGAUAAACCUAAAAACCCUGAGGUUGUCGCGCAACCAAAUCCCGGAUCUUCCAGGCUCCCUCUUCGACCAGCUGGUGCUCCUGGAACACUUGUUCUUGAGCCACAAUAAACUAACGCGCAUUGACCAAAACCUGUUUCGGAACCUGGUUAACCUGCAGCAACUCCUUCUGAACAACAAUCAACUCGUUUCCCUCCCCGCCGGCCUCUUCGCGCACCUGGGGAACCUGAGGGUGCUGGAUGUAUCGGGGAACAAUUUGACUCACUUGCCGCAGGGGUUGCUCGGAGCCCAGGCUAAGCUGGAGAGACUGGUGCUCCACUCCAACCAGCUCGUCUCUCUGGACGCGGGGCUACUGCGCAGCCUGCGCGCCCUGGCCGAGCUGCGGCUCGACAGAAACCGCCUCCACUCCCUCGCGCCCGGGGCCUUCGACCAGCUCCGCGACCUGCGUAUUUUAACUCUUUCCAGAAACCAGCUGCGGUCCCUGCCCUCUGCACUCUUCCUCCAUUUGCACAAUCUGACCUUCUUGGCGCUGGAUGAGAACCCGCUGGAGGAGCUCCCGGGCGUGCUCUUCGGGGAGAUGGCGGGCCUGCGGGGGCUGUGGCUGAACCGCACCGAGCUGCGCACCCUGCCCGACGCCGCCUUCCGAAACCUGAGCGGCCUGCGGGCCCUGGGGCUGACCCUGAACCCGCGCCUGGGAGCGCUCCCCGAGGGCGCCUUCCGGGGCCUCGGCCAGCUGCGCCAGCUGUCGCUCAGCCACAACGCGCUGCGGGCCCUGCCCCGCGGGCUCUUCCGCGACCUCCGCAGCCUGGAGCAGGUCCGGCUCGAGCACAACCUGCUGCAGACCCUGCCGGGCGACCUGUUUGAGGACCUGCCCGGGCUGGCGGAGGUCCUGCUGGGGCACAAUCCCUGGCGCUGCGACUGCGACCUGCGGCCGUUCCUGGCCUGGCUGAGACAGCACCCCGGCCUCGUGGGCCGCGUGGAGGAGCCCCCGCGGUGCCAAGGGCGGCGCCCUGGUCUGCUGCUGCAGGCCCUGUCGGACGGUGACCUGGGGUGCCCGAGCACGGGGGGACCGCCUCCCCACUCUCUCGCCCCCACCUGGCCGGCCCUGCCCGUGGCCCGCGAUCGCCCAGCCUGGGUGCCGACCAGCGCAGAGCCCUGGGCGCGGGCCCAGCCGGUGGCCGAGGGCCAGGGUCAGGACCACAGCCUGUUCUGGGGUCUUUACAUUCUGCUUUUAGCCGCUCAGGCCGUAAUAACCGGGGUCAUUGUGUUUGCUAUGAUUAAACUCUGCCGACUCUUCCGAAAAUUAAUCAGAGAGAGAGGUCUGGUCUGAGUCAACGGGAAAACCUUGUAAUGAAUGAGAAGGCGACCAGAGUAUUGUUAGAAGUGACUCUGGGAGAAUCCAGACAGGUUGCCUCCGUCUUCCUUUCUCUUGUCUCUGCCGCCCUCCCCUCUGCCCUCACACCCACCUCUGUCUCCUCCUCCUCCCUCCCCUUUCCUAGAAUUGCCUUUACAUGUGUGAAUUGUGACUGCUUGCUUUGCUUCAGCCUUCACCGUGGGGGCCUGGGAAUGCCGGUUGUGUUCACCUCAUCUCUGUGCCCCCCCUUGCCGGUGGAGAAAGGGUUACCUUCAGAGUUUACUGAGGAAGGGAGGGUGCGGGCGAGUUGCCACCUCCAGGCCGCGGUCUGGCAAAUGUGCAAUAAAUGAAUAAAAUGAAUACACAUGAUCCAAGUGAUAGUGCCUUUUCCUGGGGCAAGGAGGGAUUGUUCUCUUUAUUUACUUUUGUUUGCAAAGCAGAACUCUUCCAGUGCUUUCCCUUGUCCUACUUUUGGUCUCACUGUUUGUAUGUCUGUGGGCUGUUUGGGAGAGUGUGGGACUCCAUUCACUUAGCACAGUUUGCAAAGUAGGCCUACUCUGUGAUUGGCGGAGAGAGAAAAGAGUCAGGCCUGCCCUCCAGGAGUGCAGCACCAAGACAGGAGCCAGGGCAGUGGUCAGGCCUGAGCGCCAAGGAGCAGCA